AUGAGCGACCCGGCUUCGUAUUCCAACGUGACGGAGGUGCGCACGACCAACCUGCACAUCGAGCUCGACGUCGAUUUUGAGCGUCACGUUCUUUGCGGCCACGUCGAUUUGGCUCUCGAAUCGCUCAAGGAUGGCCUGAAGCGUGUCGUGCUCGACACCCGCGACCUCAAGUUCGCACUGGGCCAGAAGAGCGACGCGUUUGGCCAGGCGCUGGAGAUUGAUCUGCAGGAGGCUCAGGGUGCGGGCUCGCGCUUCGUCGUUCGCGUGGAGUACGAAACCAGCCCCACUGCGUCCGGUCUGCAGUGGCUUGCACCCAGCCAAACGGAGGGAAAGACGCAUCCCUACCUCUUCAGCCAGUUCCAAGCUAUUCACUGCCGCUCGGCUGUGCCGUGCCAGGAUUCGCCCUCUAUCAAGGCGCCGUACACCGCACGUAUCACUGUGCCUCAGAAGCUCGUCGCUCUCAUGAGCGCCAUCAGCGUCGGCGAGACCGAGCAGGAGGGUAAGAAGACGUUCGCCUUCGAGCAGAAAGUGUCCAUUCCGUCCUAUCUCGUGGCCCUCGUUGUCGGCGACCUGGUGUCCAAGGACAUCGGACCCAGGUCGAAGGUGUGGACCGAGCGCGAGAAGCUGGAGGCUGCCGCCUGGGAGUUCUCCAACACCGAGGACUACCUGAAGACCGCUGAGGACCUGCUCACCCCCUACGAGUGGGGCCGCUACGACGUGCUGCUGCUUCCUUCCAGCUUCCCCUAUGGUGGCAUGGAGAACCCAUGCCUCACCUUUGUGACCCCCACGCUGCUGGCCGGCGAUCGAUCCCUUACCGACGUCGUGGCCCACGAAAUUGCGCACAGCUGGAUGGGCAACCUCGUGACCAACCGCACCUGGGAGCAUUUCUGGCUGAACGAGGGCUUUACUGUCUUUGUUGAGCGCAAGAUCAUCGGUCGUCUUCGUGGCGAAGAGCACAGGCAGUUCAGCGCGCUGCUCGGCAACCAUGCUCUCGUCGACUCCAUCACCCACUUCGGACCCCAGGAGCAGGAGUUCACCAAGCUCGUCCAGUGCCAGCACGGAGUUGACCCUGAUGAUGCCUUCAGCUCGGUCCCCUACGAAAAGGGAAGCCAGUUCCUCUAUUUCCUCGAGCUCACCGUCGGUGGCCCUGCCCUGUUUGAGCCCUUCCUUAAGGCCUACGUUAACAAGUUCGCGAACACGACCCUUACCACGGAUGACUUCAAGGAGUUCUUCCUCAACUACUUCAAAAAUCUGCCCGACUUUGACGCCUCGAAGCUGCAGGCGAUCGACUGGACGGCCUGGUUCACCCAGCCGGGCAUGCCUCCCGUGGAGAUCCUGUCCAAGUUCGACGACUCGCUGGCCGUGCAGUCUAACGAGCUUGCCCAGAAGUGGCUCGCUUCCGCCGAGCCCGAGGCUAAGGCCUCCGACAUCGAGGGCUGGUCCACGCCUCAGACCGUCGCGUUCCUGGAGAAGCUCACAGUCUCGGAGGGCCUGAACGCCGACAAGCUGGCGAAGAUGGACAAGGUUUACGGCCUGACGCAGUCGCGUAACUCGGAGGUGCGCUUCAGGUGGUACACGCUCGCCAUCAAGCACGGCUACGACACGGUCUACCCCAACGUCGUGAGCUUCCUCAAGGAGCAGGGCCGCAUGAAGUUCGUCCGCCCGCUCUUCCGCGACCUCUUCCGCGCUGAGGGCGUGGCCAAGCAGAUCGCCCUCGACACCUUCUCCCAGCACCGCGAGGCCUACCACCCCAUCGCGUCCAAGAUGAUCGCCAAGGACUUGGGCCUCGUCGCCUAA